GGUUGAGACAAAGUAAGAUACUUGCAUGAGCUUUGCGGCUUUCUUAUAUUUCUAAACCAAUUCCACCGCCUGCCUGUUUUCAAUUGCCUUAUUAUUUCUGCUUCAUAAUGGCAACCGCAACUUCAACUCCGGCCGGCCAAAGAAUAAGCACCCGCUCUGCCGCCGGUAGUACUCCAUUGAGCCCCACGAGGAUAUCCAGGUUGCAGGAGAAAGAAGACCUCUGCAAUUUGAACGACCGCCUAGCCAUUUAUAUCGACAAAGUCCGGAGUCUAGAGUCCGAAAACAGCGUUCUUCACCUGCAGAUUACCGAGAAGGAAGAUGUAAGAACCCGGGAACUUACUGGUUUGAAAUCACUGUAUGAAACCGAGCUCGCUGACGCUAGAAGAUCUCUCGAUGACACCGCCAAAGAACGCGCGAGGUUGCAGAUUGAAUUGGGAAAGAUCAAAUCCGACCAUGAGCAGUUACUGCAGAACUUUGCCAAGAAAGAGUCUGAUGCGGCUGGCGCCCAGGCCCGGCUCAGGGACAUGGAGACCCAGCUGAACUCAAAGGAGGCGGUGUUGGCCACCACUCUGUCAGAGAAGAGGGCCCUGGAGGCUAGCCUGGCUGACCUGCAGGGAACCGUCCAGGAGUUGGAGACUGGCCUGAUCUCCGCCAAGAAGCAGCUGGGAGAGGAGACUCUGCUGCGCAUCGACCUGGAGAAUCGCUACCAGAGUCUGUCCGAGGAGCUGGAGUUCCGCAAGAACAUGUUUGAGGAGGAGAUCAAGGAGACACGGAGGAGACACGAAACGCGUCUGGUGGAGGUGGACUCUGGCCGGGCCGUGGAGUAUGAGUUCAAACUGGCCCAGGCCCUGACUGAGAUGAGAGGGCAGCAUGAUGAGCAGGUCAAACUGUACAAGGACGAGAUGGAGAACACUUACGUGGCCAAGCUGGAGAACGUGCGCCUGUCGUCGGAGAUGAACAGCUCGUCGGCCAGCAUGGCCCGCGAGGAACUCCGGGAGUCGUCCCUGCGUGUGGAGAGCCUAGCGUCCCAGCUGGCCAGCAUGCAGAAAGAGACCCGUGGAUGGCAGGACCGGAUCCAGGAGCUGGAGUCAGCCCUGGCCCAGGAGAGGGACACCAGCCGCAGGAUGCUGGGGGAGAAGGAGCGGGAGAUCGCAGAGAUCAGGGCCAAGAUGCAGCUGCAGCUGGAUGAGUACGAGCAGCUGCUGGAUGUCAAACUGGCCUUGGACAUGGAGAUCAAUGCCUACAGGAAACUACUGGAGGGAGAGGAGGAGAGACUGAAGCUGUCCCCCAGCCCGUCGUCCCGUGUCACCGUCUCCCGUGCCCAGUCCAGCUCCCGCAGCGUGCGUACCACCCGGGGCAAGAGGAAGCGUGUGGAUGUGGAAGAGCAGGAGGCCAGCAGCUCUGUCUCGAUCGCCCACUCCGCCUCCACCACCGGCCCUGUGUGUAUUGACGAGCUCGACACUGAUGGGAAGUUCAUCCGCCUGCACAACACCGCCGAUGAGAACCAGGCCAUGGUGGGCUAUGAGCUGACCAGGACCAUCGGAGAGGUCUCUGCCACCUACAAGUUCACCCCCAAAUUUGUCCUGAAGGCAGGCCAGAAAGUCACGGUGUGGGCGUCCAAUGCAGGUGUGGCCUCCAGCCCCCCCACAGACUUGGUGUGGAAGAGCCAGGCGUCCUGGGGCACAGGGGAGGACGUCCAGGUGCUGCUACUCAACCCUCAGGGAGAGGAGGUGGCCAGGAGGAGCACCUCGUACAAGACAGCCAUGGAGGAAGAGGAGGAUGAGGAUGAUGAGGGAGUGGAGGUCAUCGAGGAAGAUCUCUUCCACCAGCAGGGAGACCCACGUGUCACCAAGAGGGGUUGCUCCAUAAUGUGAUCACACCAGCACUACUCCACCCCACUGCCCUAUACCUCACCCCACCCCUUCACAACCCCCUCUCUCAACCAGUCUCAGCUGCCAACCGAACUACCACACAACUAUUUUGUAUCUUUUUAGUGUAUUAUAAGAACUGUGUGAAUUUCUAUUCUGUUCUUUUUAGUUAGAAAUUCCUAAUUUCUCAAGAUUGUAAAACCGUUAUUUUUUUCUACAUUUUUUUAUGUGAAAUCUUAAAACGAACCAUCACUACUUGCAUUUUUUUCUGAACCAAAUUAUGUUUUCUAGUCCCGGUAGUUUAUUUUGUAGAGUAUUACUUUGGACAGCUCUGUGCAGGAGAGGCAGCUUGCUGAAUGAAUCUGUACCUCGAGGUGCUGUGACUUUUUGUUUUUACAUCUGAUUUUCGAUAAAUAUAACAUUUUAACAGCCUCUUUUAUAGAAGGUAAUUUUAUUAUAGUGUUUUUUUCUCUCUCAGAUACUAGUUAGACAGCCAGGUUGUUGCAUACUUCAGAAUGUAGUUAAUGUUUAUGUGAAACUCUAAAGAAUAAAGCUUUCCAAUUUGAAAGAAGCACGCAGCUUUUCUAAAUGGUCCUCCAUUCGUGUACUUACAGAUGACCACUUUUGGUAUUGGCAAAGUUUUGUCUGAACGUUACACACUAGACCACAAGGUGUCAGUGUUCCAUUAGCUAGUUUUCCAUCCAAUUGGCGACAGAUUUUCAUGCGAAUAUUCUAAAGUCAGCAUAGAAAAAAUAUGCACAUUUUCCCACCAGAUGUUUCCAUCGAACUGACUUGUUGCCGAUAAAAUGCUGUGCGUGAUGUAGUGCACAUAAAAGCACUUUUGCGCUUAAGUUUUCCUGUGUCUAACAUAAAACUGAAGUUGCAUGCAUUUCCAUAGCAUUCAACUCUAUAGAUGGUUUUAUUUCCUUAGUAGUAGGCUACAACAUCGCGUGACUCCACGUUUAAUGCGACAUGAUGGUUUUUAUACAAAUAUUUCAGCGUAAAAGCGUUUCCACCGCAAUUGUCGCAAAACCUAUUUCACCGACAUAUCUCACCUUGUCUAGCGUAUUUUGUUUUGUCGACAUGGGGACGUUUUACUGACAAAUUUGCUGUUUCCAUAAGGCCUGUCAUGACUUUUUAUGCAUCCAGUCAUUCAUCUGCAUGAAAUGGUUGGAUGGAAACCUGGUUACUGAGAAGAAUGUCCUGUCUCCACUAUGUUCUCCAUAUAUUUGACUCGAUAUGCUACAUCCAAGACUGUUUACAAGACAAUACUGUAUACUACCUGUCAACUCUGUGGGAAAAUAGUUUUUAUUUCAUUUCAUUGUAUCACAUCAGCUUCAAUGCAGAAAUGGCUAAAUCGAACCUGCUGUCCAAGUCUUGGUCACACGUUCUUCCAGGAGCCCCUUUUAAAUAAACCACUAAUUGCUGGAUCCAUGUCUGGUACAGGUUUAAUGUCCAUGUAACAGCUUGGCAUUAUCUUAAUGUGUGAACGGUUAGGAUUAUCUGUACUAACAACUCAGCCAGCAGCCAAGUAAUAGGCAAAGAUGGCUGUUUUGGUGUUAUUCCUCAAACCAAUGGGUCUGUGAUCAUGAUUGUACUCUUAACAAAUGUCAAUUGAGGAUUUAUUAUCGAUUUUGAAUUUAGCAUGACUGCAUAUACUCAUGUUAACUUAUGAAGCUGAAUGCAAAUACACUUCAUUUUUAUGCUGUACUAGAUAUACUUUUUCAGAGACUGAAAUUUCCUCGCCAAUGUUUAAGUCAUUGUGUGUCGGUCAUAUGCAUACAUUUAACAUUUUAUCGGACCGAUUUUAUUUGCUCCCUCAGAUUUGUUGUUGUAAUGGUGUCAUAUGCAUGCAUUGUUUGACUUUCUGUAACCUUCACAUUUAAUGACAAAAUAAACUAAUGAUUUUGUUGUAUUUCCA